AUGGCUGGAAGACCGGAGAAGUGUUUGUCUUUGAUCAGAUUCAGUCUCCUCUGUCUGAAAAUGGUUACUUCAUCCAAAACAGCUCCUGAAAUACCAACUAUUGAUCAGGCGUAUUCGAAAAUCAGCAAUAGUAUCACUGUAGAGUGGACUACCGUGCCAGGCGCCACAAGUUACUUGCUCACAGCUGAAGAUGGGAACACAAUCAUUGAGACCACAGUGGCCAAUUCCCCAGGCACUGUGACCGGCCUGAAGGCUGCAACCUUGUACCAAAUCACCAUCAGAUCCAUCAGUGCCUCUGGACGAAGCCAGGCAUCAUCUCCAAAGCAAGCAAAGACAGUGCUGGCUGCACCAAUUCUGGAAGUUAGCUCUCCAAGCCCAGACUCCAUCCUUGUGAGCUGGGACAACGUCUACAUGGCGAUCGGAUUCUCCGUGUCUGUUAUGCAAGCCAAUGGCUUGGGUAGAAUUUGGAAGGAGAACACUACAAACACCUCCCUGACCUUCAGCAGUCUGGAUGCCGGGACUCUCUACACUAUAAAGGCCUAUGCGUGGAAUGCCAAUGGAAUCCCCGGGGAUGACUCCACCCGCAAUCAGAGAACCAGUCCUCGUGCCCCCACCAACAUUCAAGUCUUCUUUGACAGCGGGGCCCUAAAGGCAUCUGUUUCAUGGACCCCGACAGAAGGAGCAUUCAACUACACCGUGGUGGCAUCGGGCGAUUCUUCCCAGCGCAGCUGCAGCACGGCUCUCAGCUCCUGUAGCAUCAGUUCCUUGCAGUGCGGAACAGAGUACCUGAUUUCUGUCUCAGCAAGUAACGAUGCUGGGUCCAGCAAGUCCUCCUCGGCACCGACCCUGAAGACUGUCGCUUGUGCACCUGGAAGGGUGAUGAUCCAGGAAGAGCCCCCUGGCCACUUGUCUGUGGCUUGGUCCAAUGUGGAGCUGGGUGACUACUAUGUGGUUUUCGUGAAGAGCGAUGACGGCUUGGAGGUGCACUGCAACACCUCCCUUACCCGGUGCAACUUCUUGUCCGAGUGCGGCUUCACGUACUUCAUUAGUGUGUUUGCCUACAACAAGGCAGGGCAGAGUCCUCUGGGCGAUGUAUUCAAUUACACCACAGCUCCCUGUUGUCCCAGUGACAUCAGCCCAGUGUUGGUGUCCAGCGACAGGGUGGAAAUUGCCUGGUCUCCUGUGCGUGGCGCUGAACUCUAUGAAACCAAGGCCAUAGCUGGGUACAGCGUUGUGGCGUGCAACGACACUGCUCCUGCGUGCACCCUCUCUGCUUUGGAUUGUGACACCAAGUACAAUGUCACAGUGUAUUCCUUCAGUGAGGUCCGGGGCAGCAAUCUGUCCUGCUCUUCCCACUUUAUCACCACAGCUCCUUGCAGUCCUGAAAUAAAAAAUAUUUCGAAGGAUGCAUUCUCUAUGAUCAGUGUGUACUGGCGAUCAACUAAUGAAGGAGCCACUUACACGGUGACGGCCCAGGGGAAGACGGGGCUGUUCCAGUGCAGCAGCAUGGGGGAGACCUGCAGGAUGGGGGGCCUGCCCUGCGGCUCCAUGUUCUCUGUCACUGCUGUGGCCGAAACCCGGGCAGGAAAGAGCCUGCCCAGCUACAGUGUACCCCUGGAGACAGUGCCCUGCUGUCCAGCUGGCCUGACAGCAGCUCAGGUCACCCAGUCUAUAAUCAACGUGAGCUGGACUAUUGGGGCAGUGGCUCAAACUUAUGUGACGGUGCUGGAGUCAUACACUGGACAAUCUAAGUGCCACACCCAUCAAAACCACUGCCUUCUGGGAUGCAUCACAUGUGGCAUCAACUACACGGUGGCAUUGAAAGCCAUUAGUCCCACGGGACUGACUGCAGACUGUGCCUACCAGAGUUAUUCUUCUAGUGCCUGCUGCCCACUGGGGGUCAAAUUGUAUAGGCUUGGCCCUAAUGGCAUCCGGAUCUACUGGCAAGCCUCAAGGGGCUCUGCCAAUUAUAGCACCGACCUCUAUGGCUCCAAAGGCAUCUUUACAUGUGCCCCUCAAGCUGGUCUAAGCUUCUGUGACAUCACCAACAUCCCCUGUGGGGAUGUAUAUACCGUCAUGGUCUCACCGGUUGCUGAGACAGGACUGAAGCUUACUUUCUGCCCGAAAAAAAUAUAUUCAGUUACCUGUUCUGGUAGUACACUUGGGAUGGUGAUUUACAGAGGGAAGAGGAACGAUACAGCGAGCCCCAGGUAA